AUAACAUCCUUCUAUUUCCACCUUUGUGCUCAUCCAGUUAUCAAGAGACUUGAGUUUUCCGAAACAAGCAGCUGUCUUGGAGUCCUCGCACGCAGAGCGCCGACCAACAUGGACUUUCCUAUUCCCAGCAUCCGCCUGUCAAGAUACUCGUUGUUCCUGUCUGGGCCAAUGUCCGAAUCUCAGCAAGUGAAACAUGGGCGCCUUCGCGGCAAACCAGGCAAAUUAUCUACUCGAAACGACGAGAGUUCUUUGGUCACCGUGCCUCUGACAACCCUGCCAUAUAUCCCAGAAAAGGAAGAUAUCGUCUCAUUCUUGAAAAAAUGGCAACAGUGUGCAAGCGACCUUCGGAAACAUCUACUAUACCUGACAAGGAGGAAUAGCCCAUUGAGUCCUGAGAUGAGACGGCUUCAAUGGACUUGCGAACAAGUUUUGUGCCGCUGGGAAGCGUGUUUUCGACAUGCAUGUCCUGGCUUGGAAAGCCCCGUGGACUCGAACA